AUGAGCGUCAAAAAAGAAGAUGUGGAGAAGUUCCUGGAUGGAAAUCCAGAUUUCGCCAAAACCUAUUUUGACAAGAAGCUCAAACCUGGUGCUGUGGCCUCAAUCAUGCGAGUGCCCGAGUCUAAAGUGGACAUGGACAGUUUUAAGGAGAUCGUCUCGGUGGAAGAGGGAGCCAUUUUCUACGAUCUCAUCACAGACAUGCAGGAGAACGUCAACAUGGAGAAGGUGAUUUUUAAGAUUUUGAAGAGGAUCAGCGCUCUGAUUCAUGCGGAUCGCUGCAGCCUCUUCAUGUAUCGGCAGAGAAACGGAAUUGCCGAAUUGGCCACGCGUCUCUUCAAUGUUAAUAAAGACUCAGAGCUGGAUGAUUGCGUGGUAGCUCCAGACUCUGAGAUCGUCUUCCCUCUGGAUAUCGGGAUAGUUGGACAUGUGGCUCAGACCAAGAAACACGUCAAUGUGAAGGACGUUACACAGGACAGUCACUUCAGCACAUUCGUUGAUGAGCUUACUGAAUACACCACACGCAACCUCCUGGCUGCACCCAUCAUGAAUGGAAAAGAUGUAGUAGCCGUGAUCAUGGCAGUCAACAAGACCUCCGGACCCCAUUUCACAGAUGAUGAUAUGGAUCUUUUUUUAAAGUAUCUCAAAGUUGGCUCUCUGAACCUGAAGAUUUUUCAUCUGAGCUACCUUCACAACUGUGAGACGCGUAAAGGACAGCUGCUGUUAUGGUCGGCUAACAAGGUGUUUGAAGAGCUCACGGAUAUUGAACGACAGUUUCACAAAGCUUUGUACACAGUGCGAGCUUACCUCAACUGUGACAGGUACUCUGUGGGCCUGCUGGACAUGACCAAGGAAAAGGAGUUCUUUGAUAUUUGGCCCGUGCUGAUGGGGGAGCAGCCACCUUACGGUGGCCCUGUAACUCCAGAUGGAAGAGAAAUCAUUUUCUACAAAGUUAUCGAUUAUAUUUUGCAUGGAAAAGAGGACAUCAAGGUCAUACCAAAUCCAGCUGCAGAUCAUUGGGCUUUGGCUAGUGGAUUACCCACAUAUGUAGCAGAGAGUGGAUUUAUUUGCAACAUCAUGAAUGCAGCAUCAGAAGAAAUGUUCAACUUUCAGACAGAGGCUCUGGAUGAUAGUGGAUGGACCAUCAAGAACGUUCUCUCCCUGCCAAUUGUCAACAAAAAAGAAGAAAUUGUUGGCGUCGCAACUUUCUACAACAGGAAGGAUGGCAAACCUUUUGACGACCAUGAUGAGCAACUCAUGGAGGCCUUGACACAGUUUUUAGGCUGGUCGGCACUCAACACAGACACCUACGACAAAAUGAACAAGCUGGAGAACAGGAAAGAUAUUGCCCAGGACAUGGUGCUGUACCACGUCAAAUGUCGAGAUGAUGAGAUUCAAGAUAUCCUUAAAACAAGAGAAUAUUUUGACAGGGAGCCAAGAGACUGCGAGGAGGAGGAGCUUUUGGAGAUUCUGAAAAAAGAGCUGCCCGGCCCCAAGAAGUUUGAGAUCUACGCCUUCCAUUUUUCAGAUUUUGACUGCACUGAACUCCAGCUUGUUAUGUGUGGCAUCCAGAUGUACUAUGAAGUUGGAGUGGUUAAAAAGUUCCAGGUCCCUCAGGAGGUUUUGGUGAGAUUCAUGUACUCUGUCAGCAAAGGUUACAGGAGAAUCACCUACCACAACUGGCGCCAUGGCUUCAAUGUUGGACAAACCAUGUUCACUUUACUCACGACAGGCAAACUGAAGCAGUAUUACACCGAUUUGGAGGUGAUGGCCAUGAUCACUGCUGGUUUCUUGCACGAUAUCGACCACAGAGGCACAAAUAAUCUCUACCAAGUGAAGUCCCAAAAUCCUCUAGCCAAGCUGCAUGGAUCCUCCAUUCUAGAAAGGCAUCACUUGGAAUUCGGCAAAUUCUUGUUAGGCGAAGAGUCGUUAAACAUCUUCCAGAACCUCAACAGAAGACAAACAGAACAUGUCUUCCACCUCAUUGAUAUUGCCAUUAUUGCAACUGACCUUGCCUUGUACUUCAAAAAGAGGACAAUGUUUCAGAAGAUCGUGGAUCUCUCUGAAACAUAUGAAGAAAGAAAGAAAUGGAUAGACUUCAUGUCACUGGAAACAACAAGGAAAGAAAUUGUAAUGGCCAUGAUGAUGACAGCGUGUGAUCUCUCAGCUAUCACAAAGCCAUGGGAGGUGCAGAGCAAGGUUGCCCUCUCUGUAGCAGCUGAAUUCUGGGAACAGGGUGACCUUGAGAGGACUGUUCUUGAGCAGCAGCCUAUUCCCAUGAUGGACAGAAACAAAGCUGCAGAGCUGCCGAAGCUUCAGUGUGGUUUUAUUGACUUCGUCUGUACUUUUGUCUAUAAGGAGUUUUCCCGUUUCCAUCCUGAAAUCAAGCCCAUGUUUGAUGGUAUUCUAAAUAACCGGAUGCAUUGGAAAGAGAGGCAGGAAGAAUAUGAGGCAAAACUUAAGGCAAUGGAAGAGGCCGUCAAAGCCAGACAGGAAGCAGCUGCCAAAAAUGCUGCAAAUUCCAACAGCACCGGUGGAUCAGGAUCAGGGUCCAAGACCUGCUCCAUCUGCUAGAGAAAAGACAACAGUACAAGAGGGCAAGGUGUCUCGAGAUGCAGCCUGGCCUCAUAAGUAUUAGGUCAAACAGGGGGAGAUCAUCCUCAUCCCCAGGAUUUGCAAAGAUCUGAUCAAAGAGUGAGUGGAAAAAACCAUAUCAAUGCUAUCAGCAAGUCACAAGACCACCUACUAACAAAACAUUGUUGGAUCUUGCCUUGCGGUUAGUAUUCCUCUUCAAUUGUGUUUCCUUUUGGUCAUAGUGUUUGUUCUAAGCAGUUUGGUAGACGGUUUUAAAUAAUAACAAUGGGUUUUAAAUGUACUACAGAAGUGAAUGUUUUUCAUUUAGUCCCUCACUGGACAUUGCCUGAUACUUGAUAUCAAGCAGGUCCACAACAAGUUGUUGUACAAUCGUGUGCAGAAUGUUAUUGUAAUUUAAAGAACUAAUGGUAAUAAGAAACGGGAGUAAUGUUGCAUUUAGCAUCACCCGUAACUUACAUAUUUAUUCCCUCUAAAAGUGAUCACAUCGUACUGCUGGGAUGCUAAUGAGCUUUCAUAGGCGCACUAAUGUGCAACUGAAUAUAUACCAAUGAGCCAAAACAAUAUGACUGAGUAGAUUAGAUGUGACCAAACAAUCACAAUCUUGUAAAUCAGUGUUGAAUACAGGAGAGAUGGGCAGGAAUAAAGAUCUGAGUAACUUUGACGA